AUGGCAAAGAGGGUGGCCAUCAUCGGAGGGGGCAGCAGUGGGCUGUGCGCCAUCAAAGCCUGCCUGCAGGAGGCACUGGAGCCCAUCUGCUUCGAGAGGACCGGGGACAUCGGAGGGCUCUGGAGGUUUGAGGAGCACCCUGAGGAGGGCCGUGCCAGCAUCUACCGCUCUGUCAUCAUCAACACCUCCAAGGAGAUGAUGAGCUUCAGCGACUUCCCAAUCCCUGAGGACUUCCCCAACUACAUGCACAACUCCAAGAUCAUGGAGUACUUCCGCACGUAUGCCCAGCACUUUGACCUGCUCUGCCACAUCCGAUUCAGGACCAGCGUGUGCCGUGUGUCCAAGCAUCCCGACUUCGCUGCCACGGGCCAGUGGGAGGUGGUGACAGAGAGUGAGGGGAAGCAGGAGGCGGCCAUCUUUGAUGCUGUGCUGGUGUGCACCGGCCACCACACUGAGGCACACCUCCCACUGAGCGCCUUCCCAGGAAUCAACAAGUUCAAGGGCCGCUACCUCCAUAGCCGAGACUACAAGGAUGCCCAUGAUUUCACAAACAAGAGGGUCAUUGUCAUUGGGAUCGGGAAUUCAGGGGCAGACCUGGCUGUGGAGGUCAGCCAAACAGCUGAGCAGGUCUUCCUCAGCACCCGCCGCGGAGCGUGGAUCUUCAACCGCGUUGGAGAUCAGGGCUAUCCCAUGGACACCAUCCUCAUCACCCGCAUCAACGUGUUCCUGAAGAAACUGCUGGGCCAGUCCAUGGUGAGCAACUUUGUGGAGAAGCAGCUGAACGCCAGGUUCAACCACUCACACUACGGCCUGAAGCCAAAGCACAGGGUCCUUGACCAACAUCCGACCAUCAAUGACGACCUACCCAACCGCAUCAUUUCAGGCAGGGUGCUGGUGAAGCCAAACAUCCAGGAGUUCACAGAAACAUCUGCCAUCUUUGAAGAUGGCACCAGGGAAGACAUUGAUGCUGUGGUCUUCGCCACAGGAUACAGCUUCUCCUUCCCCUUCCUCCAAGGCUGUGUGAAGGUGGUGGAGAACCAGAUCCCGCUAUACAAAUUCAUGUUUCCCCCUGAUCUAGAGAAGCCGACACUGGCUUUCAUUGGCCUCAUCCAGCCCCUGGGUGCCAUCAUGCCCAUCUCCGAGCUCCAGUGUCGCUGGGCCACCCGCAUCUUCAGGGCCCAAGCCUGCGCUCCUGGAGCUGGGCGGCAGCGCAUCAUCAAGCCCCUGCAGACACGGCGCGUGGAGGAGCACCUGUCAGCUCCUGCCAUGCCCCUCUUCUUCAAGCUGGUUGGAGCUGUGACCAUCCUUGCCAUUGGUUUUGCCUACUUGUAG